UUAUCGAUUCUGGAGUGAUUUAAUUAAGCUGUCGUUAGCCGUAAUGAACGUGUUUUUAGCCUCGAUUGCUCCGGAAGGACAUUUAAUUGGAGGUCGUUUGCUGUGCGGAGGGGGCGGGAGGAGAGUUGAGGAUGAUUUGUGGUUAAUUAAGGGUUGCAUUAAUGGGAGAACAUUACGGACUUGUAAUGCGAUUUAUGUAAUCAAAGAUGGCCUUUGAUUUGUUGACUAGCUGAUGAGUGUUAGAGCCGAUUGAGCGCCUGGAUUUAGAAAAAAAUGUCUAUCUUUGAAAGUUCAUCUGAAGUGCAGGAUUCCUCCAGUUUCGACAUUGUUAAGGAACUGUUUGCUGAAUCUGAAGCAGAAGUUGCUUCUCAUGCUAGCACAGCAAAAAGUAGUCCCACAGUUCUACAACUAGAAGAACAAGAAUCGGUAGAGACUGAAGAUGACAAAAUUUCGGAGACCAGCUCAAUUUUUAGGCAACGGCUGCGUCGUCUGUCGAGUGUCAAACGGGAUUCCCUUAUUUUGGAAAGUUUUCGGAAAAGAAGCGGAAUUCCCGAGCAUGAAUCAGUGGAAACUAUACUAGAGUCCAGAUCUUCAAGCCAUUGUUCUCCCGUAACGUUGAAGUAUUUAGAAGACCAACAUGAAAAUUUGCUAUCAAAAUACAACACAAGUUUGGAAGCAGCUCACGACAAACUACUCAAAUUAGGCACCAUGACCGUGGAUAAGAAUAGGAAACCCAAACCCACCCUAGUAAUCGAAUCCCUCCUGAACCAAAUGACAACCACUCGAUCAAUUCUAUCGAAAAACCGUCGCAAAUUGCUCUCGAACUUUCAACGGCUGGAUCACCUCAACGUCCGGGACGCGCUCCUGGAUCUCCAGAUCAAAAACAUCCGGCUGGAAGAGUUACACGAUCUGCAGGUGGAGGUCAGUCGAACGACGGAGAAGAUCGACGAAACCAGCAAGCAGAUGGCCAAGGCUCGGCAACAGUACGAAAGUGACAUCUCCAAGGCGGCUCACGUGCGCGAAAAGUGGUUCGCGUUUCAGAACAAGAUCCUAACCAAGGUGGAUGAUUUGAAUGAGCUUAAGGUGGCGAUUCAAGAGCACCGAGAGUACUUGUGCGGGUUGUUGGAACGAAAGAAACAGCUUAGGGAGGAGAAUGCGGAAUUGAGGAAGGGGUGCAGGAUAAUUGAGAAUAAGCCACUGUUGAGGAAGUAUGACAGUGUUGUGGAAGAGGUAUGCUUAACAGUUGACAGUUGUUUCGUGAAUCGAUAAAUGUCUUUAUGUUUCCUCUAGAUUGAACAAAUGAACUAUCAAAUUCAGCGAUUUGCGGAAUUGUGAAGCAAUCCAAUGUUCAAAAAUGUAUGUCAAUCCCCGGGAGCUAACGAAUCAAUCAAUAUCAAGUACCUACCCCCACAUUUUCACGUCUAUUGUCAAGCAUCUCUAUCUUAAUUAAACAAUCUCUGUGAAAUGAAUCAAUCUCUCGAGAUGCUCCCCCA